AUGCCGUCCCUGACCUUGGCCAGCCCGGACAUGAUCCUGCCUUUCGACGGCAGUGAACGUGAAUCCCAGACCCCAUCGCCGCCCUCCCAACUGGUCUAUCUCUCACACCUCAACGCGCCAUACAAUUCGGCCAAUCUGAAUGCCUCCACCGCCGGUCGGACCAAGAAGAACUACUCCCGCCAUAAUUGGACCUAUGACGAAAUGGCCGCAAGUCGUCGAUUGUCGGACAUUGGCGAGGAAUUGUCGCCUGCCCGAUCGGAUCGCUUCGACGAUGGGGCACUGCCACCAGAGGUGCAACAGCAGCAGCAGCAGCAGUCAUUACCGCCAACGCCAGUGUCGCCACUGGGCUCAAAGAAUCCGCCUCGACUUAAGCAAUUGGCAGAGGCAGAGCGCCAAUACUUGAACAGUCUCCGGAGACGAGGGAGCUCCGGUUCGACGGCUAGUGCACGGAGUGUGCGUAGCCCACGCGAGGCGCAUUCCACGCAAAAUGUGCCAGAGGUAUCUCCGAAUCCGAGCGCGGAGGAGACUGGAAUCUCGAAGGGGACCGUCGCUCAAGGCCCCAACGGGACUAGCUUGCUUGAGAACGAUGUUGCGGCCCCGACGGCCAAGGACAAGGGCCCCGGCGAGGACCUCUCAUCGAUGAUUCUGAGCAGUGAGGCGGAGAGGAUUCUUGAGAACGCAAAGAAGCGCCUUACGUUAAUGGAAGGAAACCUGAAUCGCGCGCGCUCGACCGUGCGUCAGACGCCUUCGUCCUCGCCCCUCGGACUGCACCCGGGGGGCUUGUAUCGGUCAAUCUCAAAGGCUGACCGCAAGAGCUCGGCUUUGCGACGGCAGUCCAAUGCUCCUGCUCAAGAUGCCUCGGCCAAUCGACACUCGCGUGUACAGAGUGAAACCAACUUUCGCGCCGAGUCAAAUCUCGCGAGCGGCACGAGUGCGCCAUCUCGAUCCAUCUCAGCAAUGGGAUCAAGUAGCCCAGCCAAUUUUAAUGACGACCGUUCCUUUCCGUACGCGCCGACACGAUCAUACCUCACUCAUCGCGCAUCUAUCUCUUCCAUCCGACCUCCGCAUCUGAUCAGUACUCAGUCACCUUCGCCCAAGAUUUCUCCAUCGCCAGCACCAAUGGAAUCGCCCGUGCUUCCGUCACCCACGAUCUACGAGGAGGCUCCCUCCGCUUCUCCGCCCAAAGGGUUGGGGAUCACGACGCAAGGUGGGGAAUCUCCCUCGAGUGGAGGAAGCUUCAGCCCUGUGCAGUCUUCGAAUGGCUUCCCAAGCCGGUCCCAGUCUCAGAUGCAGGUCCGCGAUCUUCAGUACCAAAUGAAAGGUCUUCAUAUUAAGAUAUCAUCUCUCAAAGUACGAAAUCAGGAGGACAACCUGCGGCGUCGCAGCCUGCAAAGUUUGCGGACACCAAGUCCGUUGACCGCCGCAGACCCAUUCCUGCAGAAUGCUCUGGAGGCUCGCGAUGGCCGGAGCAGCCAAGGGUCCAACCCACGACGCGAAGGGAGCUCGGAAAAUGUGGCGGCAAUUCAGACCCGCGCUUCUCGCGAGGAGAUAUCCAAAGACCGAAACAGAGCUCAUCCGUCGGAGCACAAAAUUAACGGUACGACCGAACCAAGCCCAGCUCUAUCGCAGAACACGAGUGGGUCAUGGCGGAAUCACCACGAGCAGUACUACCAGAACGGACGCCAUUCCUCUGCCGAGACCAUGUAUGAGGAUGCCGAGGAAGGCGACUACUUUGACGACGGUGAGAUUGACCGGGAGGCGCUGAACGAAAUCCUACGAGAACCGCUGGAUCCAGACCUCGAUACACCCCAUGAGGAACGCGAAGACGCGUUUGACUACGAGCACUUUAUUCUUCACAGCGCGCUGGGCAACUUCUCGCAACCACUUCGACGUGAAAGCCUCAGCUCUCACGGCUCCGUGGAGACCACUCGACCAGCACAAUCGGUGCGACAUGCGCGCAACGACAGUUCUCUCUCGGUCUCGACAGUGGCCACCUUUGCGACCGCCACCGAGGGAGUGUAUCCCGAGGACGAGAAUGAUCUUCUGUAUUGGGACCGCAAGUUCAAUCAAGAACUACGUCAACGCCAUCACGCACCACCAUCCAAUGGAAAUAGUCGCUCUGCCGCACCUCAUACCACGCAAGAAAACACCCAUUCCCACCGAUCCCAAACCCCACAGGCUUCAGCCCGUCAUGUGGAGUCCAAGGAUCGAUCCCCAACCACAGGACCGUCGACGCCGACGGCUUUGGUUUCGUCUCUGGUCACGACGAUGCGCGCCGCGUCUAGUCCACACACGACCUCCUCCCCUUCGGGGUCUGUUGGUAAUCCCAAAGAUGACACGGAGAUCCUGGAGAGAGUAUUUGCCAGUCUUGGGAAGGUCUGCACCGACCUCCAGGCCAUCACCGACUCUGCCGACCCUGAUCUCAAAGCCGCUCGUGUUCUUCGGCGCCGACUCGAUGCGGCUCGAAGAGUGCUGGAUGGCGAGCUUGACGCCUGA